AUGGUCUUCAUUGGGAAGCCUCUUGAAAAUCCUCUCAAAGUAAAGACAGUAGUUUACUUGUGUGAUCAUGCUGAAAAACCACAAGUGAAAAAAACUUCUCAGUCUGCUAAGAAAUGCGUCAAAACAAUCAAGUCCAUCAAGAUUGGUUGUUCUGCUAGUAUCUAUAAGCAUAUCAUGACUGAUGGUACUGUUUGUAUCAAAUACAACUGGCAGCACCCAAAUCAUGAUCCGUUUAAGAUUGAAGAGAUCAGUCCAUCAAGAUUGCCAGAUGAAUUAAAACAAUGGGUAGAAGAGCUUGUCAGCCAAAACAUGGAUUGGAAAUCCAUCAAAAACAUGCUUAGAAUGAGUGAUGACAGACUUCUUGAACUUGAACAAGCUGUUCAUAAGAAUGGCCCCUUCCUUAUUUUGUGGGUUUCUGAGUGGCAGAAAGAAUUUCUGGAGAAUUCGGAAGAGUGGUACAUUGACUCAACACACAAAACAAGCAAGUCAUUCAAUACUGUAGCUGGUAAAGGACCUGAAGAUUGCUUUCUGUUUACGAUUGUUGUGCAAAACCCUAUCACCAAUAAGGAAUCGCUUGUCUGCUUCUUUAUAGCUGAUUAUGAAUAUACCUCGACCUUGAGUGAAUAUCCCAUCGAAAUUGGUGCAAUUGAAGAAGUCUUUGGCAAUAGUGUUAAUAUCCUGUUAUGUCAUUGGCAUAUUAAAAGAGCAUGGGAAGUUAAUGUAAAGAAGCAUAUUAAAGUGCAAAACUCAACACAUGCUUCAAACAUAGCUCGUAACAGUAUUCAUGCUGCUGCAACUUUUUACACCAAUAAUUUGAUAGAGUCUUAUUACAAUCAGCUGAAGACUUUCUAUCUUGGACAUGCAAGAUCUCUUCGAGUAGAUAGACUUAUUUAUCUUCUGGCCAAAGUCUUGACUCUUGACUACAGACAAAAGAACAUUAAGAUCUAUACUGCAAUGGAAAUGGUUGAGAAAUUGAGUGAUACUAUAUUCACUUGCAGAUCAUUUACAGUUGAUUUUGUUAUAUACAACAUUGAGCUACAGAAUAAUUUUCUGCAAAACUGCACUUGCCCUGAUACUUCCAAGCUUUGCAAGCAUAUCUUUCUCAUCAAUCAUAUGCUAGACAUUACCUACUCUUUGUGCCAAAGUCUUUCCUCCUCCUCUGCUGUCCAUGUAUCUAAUACUGAUACUAAACCAGUAGUUGACACUUCCCUUCUUUCUGAUGAGAUAAAAGCUGAUAUCAUGAAGUAUUGUCAAUUAUACUCUGUUGAACUUGACAGCAAAAUAGCCGAGUACAAGAGAAUGCCAAAAGACAUGAGCCAGUUCUUAGAUACAUUGAAGUUUGCAUACAACAAGCUGAAAGAAUAUAGCUCCUUCUCUCAAUCCCUACUCCUACAAGAUGCUGUCAAUCCUGUUUUUCUCUCUCCUGAUGUUGGUGCUCAAGGAUGA